UUGCAGUGGUAAAAAUUAGAGUUGAUAAUUAUGAGUCCAUUUCACAUCAUCAUUAUGUGGUUGUCUGUAAUAAUUGGCAUACCAUUUGGGUGUGUUGGCAGGUAUGAGAGAAGAUCAUCAGGCGGCCUGUUUGUGUUUGGUGAUUCCCUGUUUGAUCCUGGGAAUAACAACUACAUCAACACUACUACUCAAUUCCAAGCUAAUUGGUGGCCUUAUGGUGAAUCCUUCUUCAACCCUCCUACUGGCAGAUUUUGUGAUGGUCUAAUCAUUCCUGAUUUUAUUGCUGAAUAUGCUGACCUGCCACUGAUUCCAUCUUAUUUUGAGACUGGAAAAGAGCGUUUUGUCCAUGGAGUCAAUUUCGCAUCAGCAGGAGCUGGCUGUCUACUUGAAACUUAUCGUGGCUUUGUUAUUGACCUUAAAACACAAUUGAAAUAUUUCAAGAAAGUGGCAAAAGAUUUGAAGAAGAAGUUUGGAGGAAAAAAAUCUAAACGACUUCUCUCCAAUGCUGUAUACAUGUUUAGCGCAGGAAAUAAUGAUUACUCAAAAUUUGACGCAACGUAUCCAAAACAUGAAUAUGCAAAGAUGGUAAUGGGCAAUUUGUCAUCUGUUUUGAAGGGAAUAUAUCAGGAAGGAGGGAGAAAAUUUGUCAUCCUUACUUUGGCUCCUUUGGGUUGUACACCAGGUUCUAGGGCUCUUAAUUUCCAACAAGGAAAUAAAAGUGCCAAUUGCGUAGAAGAACUGACAACCCUUGCAAAAAUACACAAUUCAGCUUUGCCUAAAAUGCUAAAGAAACUAGAGCAACAGUUGCCUGGAUUUAAGUAUUCCUUAUUUGAUUUCUUCAAAGUUGCUACUGAAAGAAUUCUCAAUCCUUCAAAAUAUGGGUUUAAAACAUCAAAAAUAGCUUGUUGCGGGACGGGUCCAUUCAGAGGAAUAAAUAGUUGUGGAGGGAAGAGACAAGUAAAAGAAUACAAGUUGUGCAAAAAUGUAAAGGAUUACAUAUUUUUUGACUCUGGUCAUCUCACAGAAGUGGCAUACAAACAAGUUGCUGAAUUACUAUGGAAUGGAACUGUGGAUGUUAUUGAGCCUUACAACUUGAAGUCAUUUUUCAAUCAACCAGCAUAGCUUAUAAUUGAAUAAACAUCAAUUUUGUUAACAUGUAUGAUGACUUCAAACUCAUUCAUGCUUGAGUUGGAGAAUGAUCUGAAUUAAUGCAAAUAAAUUCCC